UGAAACUAGUCUUUGCAUCCGAGUCUACACCGACUUGAAGUGUGUGCCAAUGUCCAGGCGAAAGGAAGCCGUCGACUGUUUUACUUGUUCCGCCUCGAGUCGAACUUGCGAUCGAAUUCGACACCGAUGCAGUACAUGUACUAAAGCCUCUGAGAUUUGUGGAGGAUAUCCUCGAGAUCUGCAAUGGCUCACCGGUGUCAAGUCUCGUGGAAAAGAAAAAGGUCUUUGCCUAGGCCCUUCAAGUCCCAAUCCGCAGUGGCAUCCUACCACCCCAACCACAACGAACCAACCGUUUGUCUUCAAGCAAGGCAAACCCAGGAAGACGCGCCAGAAAAAGGCCCAAAAGCCCAGUGAACCAUCUCCCCCCAGUCCAACAUGUCAGAAGAAUUGGUCUACAUCGCCGCAAAGUGACGACUGGCAGCCCUUCACCCCAACGGUGAUUGAAAAGCAGCAAUCUCCUGUUACCAUCGAUCACAUUGAAUCACCGAGUUGGCCAGAGACAUCAACCACCUCAGAUGACCUUGUAUCCAACUUGGAAAGUGGUCCAGAUCCGUCUGAUUCAUCUACAUGUCUGCCAAUUGACCCAGCCGACAACGCUUAUGAUGUGUCUUUGAUUCCCUUGGAGCCUGACCCGGGCAUGGAUGGUCUUGACUUGGACGUUUACGAAUUGUACGACGAGUCAGAGUAUCAGUACCAACCGCCCUGUCGUCCAGGUUUCCUAUUGCCGUCAUUGGAGUCUUCAGCACUGCUCACGUGGUAUAACGAAGAGCUUUGCACUCUACCCUUGACCUCAGACUUCCACGCAAAUCCAUUUCGUGUUAGCAGCACCCCGUCCCAAGGUCCCACCUACCUAGUCCAUGCCGUCCUGGCAUUGUCUAUGCAACAUGUCUUUCGGGUCAAGGCGGGGCUCCAGGGCGAGCAUUUCGAGCAACAAGUCAUCUCCUACAAGCAAUCUGCCACACAGCUGUGCAACCAAGCCUUGCUUUCCGCCUUUGAAAAGGUGGACAGUUCAGUGAUUGACACAAUACUUAUUCUCUUCGCCCACGACACUUUAUUUUCUGCCGCGGGACCAUGGAAGGACCGCCUGUCUGGAGCCUAUAAUAGAAUAGAAAUGGUCGGCGGGCCUCUGCGCCUUGCUACUUCAUCACGUCGCCUGCGGGCACAACUGGCCAUGUUCGUCUGGUGGGACUGUAGUAUCGCAUUAGUUUCACGCUCGGAAUGCGUUUUCCCUAGUACCUAUUAUGAUUUGGUCCUUGCGAAUGACAACGAUUCCAUGUGGAGUAUCUUCACAGUCUCGGGAGUUCCUCGAGAACUAUUCCAGUAUUGUCGAGAACUAGCGCAGCUGGCCAGCGAGAAAGAACAAAUUGCCGGGCUGCGGUAUGCUAGAUUCGACACAACGCGAGUCCUUGAGAUCGAAAGCUGCAUUCGGGGUUAUACUGAGGGGGAGAGUGAAUCCCCCAGCAUUGCCGACAGCGAGGAACUGGUGCAGCACUGGCAUGACAUCUGCAACGCAGGCAAUGCAUGGAAGUAUGCUCUCCUGCUCUACAUCUCGAGAGUCUUCAAGUGGGACCGAAGCAGUGACUCACGCUUGCCCGAAAUCACGUCACUCGCCAGACUGGUGUUGGAUAGCGUGCGGUGCUGCCGUCCCGACUCACCGCUGCAGAAGCAACUUUUAUUCCCCGUGUUUUUAGCAGGCUCAGAGUGUGUCGACAGCUAUAGUCGGGAAUUCGUCGAGUCCUACUGUGAGGGCUGGUACCAGAAGAUCCGGUACAACAUGUUCCGCGAAGGACUGAGUGUCUUGAAACAGAUCUGGUCGUGCAAAGACGACGAAGCAAACCAAUUCGGUGUGUGGUGGGGGCCCUUUGUUGGCACUCGUAACAGCGGCGGUCCCAUGUUUUUAUUUGGUUGAACCCGUGAACGAGGCCAUGGCCAUGAAUGUGUAUAAGUAACUAUUGUUGGGCUCCGGUAGAGUUUGUGACGCUGUGAGAUGGUUCUGGAUAGGUAUAUAGGCGCUGAAUCGUGCCA